AUGCAUUUCAUCACUUGCGUCCUCGCUCUCUUGAGCUCUGCUGCCAUCGUCAGCGCGGGCAAGGUCACUUUCUGGACGCUGGAUGACCAGACCCGCACCGUCUACUUCACUUCCAACGAGAACAAGUUCCCUAUGGAUCCUGUGACCGUCUCCAACGUUGAGAAGACCACUGUCGACUUCGCUGAUGACUUCGUCGGCAAUUUUGUCGCCGUCCCUGAGGGCGAGCUUUACCGCGAUGGUAUGCUCGGCGAGGUCAAGUUCGGCGGCUGGGGCGGGAUGACUUUCUUCGACGUCUCCGCCAUUGUCGUUCCUGACGAUAAGGACAACGUCCACCAGAUGUGGCCUGCUGACUCUCAGUCUCCCAUGUCUGGCUGCGAAAUCUUCCCUUGCGAUAAUGCCUACUAUAUCUGGGACGAUGUCCAGACCAAGGCCACCACCGAGGACCACCUCAUCACCACUCUCGGCGAGGGUUCCACCGGUAUUAACUUUGCUUAA